UCCUAAACCAACGCGCGUGCACUGAAUCGCUGAUGCCUUCUCAAGUAUCCAUCUCAAAAUUCAAAAUCGCUCGACUCUUGAGUUCCUGAAGCUGCACAUCGACGAUCUCUUCCCAACUAUCUCUCAAACUUAUCUAGGGUUUCUGAUAUCCAGGCGAAGAAGACAGAAAUUGCUACAAUGGGAGGUGAAGCAGAAGAUUUAGAGCCACUUUUUGAUUAUCAUCGUGUUCAACCAUCGAAUUUCGUUUGCAUUGAUGAUGACGAUUCUGAUGUCGCGGAGGUUCCGGUUAAGAAAAGAGCAAAAACUUCCCAAACAGUUGUAAAGGAAGAUGAAGAUGUGAAGGUGAUUGAUGUGGCGGGUGAUGAUGAUUGGUUGCCUCCUCCGCCAAAGGUUGUCUUCGAUAAUAAUAAAGAGUCCGGUGAAGAUUCAACCAUUAAAGCAUUGAGGUCGAAGAAGAUGGAGCUCAUGUCAUUCACAACAAAUGUAGUAGAUGUGAUGCAGGAAGCCGAAAUGUCUGCUAAAAAAGAUGCUGAAGUAUCAGUCAAUCCAUCUUCAGAGGCUCAGGCACCACCAGUGGUUAAUGACAGGCCCAAGAUUGUCAUUACGAUACAGGACAAAGAUGGCCACAAGCAAUUUCGGGUGUAUGCGGACGAGAAGUUUGAGCGGGUUUUCAAAAUGUAUACGGAUAAAGAAAAGUUUGACCCGCAAAAUCUUGUAUUUACUUUCGACGGUGACAAGAUUGAUCCAUCGACGACUCCUUCUAGUCUUGAGAUGGAGGAGGGUGAUAUGAUUGAAAUCUUGAAUGUCGGUCCAUUCAACUUUUGCGAAAGCCAGAGUUUGUACAUGAGCAUGAGCAUGGAAGGGAUCUCUGCUAAAAGACUCUGGUGUUAUGCAGCAAAUCUUUGUUUAACAUGUGAUGCUAAGGUUCAUUCAGCUAAUGCACUCUCAGGGCGACAUUUACGCACACUUUUAUGCGAUCUUUGUAAAAGUCAGCCUUGUGUUGUACGAUGUUUGGACCACAAGAUGUUUUUCUGUAAUGGAUGCAAUGAUAAGGUCCAUGGUACUGUCUCUUCUAAGCAUCAUAGACGUGAUGUGAGCUGUUACACGAGUUGUCCUUCUGCUAAAGAUUUCGCUGUUAUGUGGGGUUUUCGAGUUAAUGAUGAUGAUGGUGCUUCAUUAGAGAGAAGUUUUUCAAUGGUUAAACCUAAGGUGCAAAGAGAAGUUGGUUUUGUCUUGGAACAGAUUCUUGAAUUGGAGAAGAUUCAGCUCAAGAAAGAGAAUAAUGGUUUGGAAUCGAAAGAAGAAGCCGAACCUUCUCCAUUGGAUCUUCCUAAACAAUCUGAAGAACGUUUGAUCGAUCUUCCACAGACGGGAAAAGAGCUGAUUGUUGAUUUUUCACACUUGUCUUCAUCUUCCACACUUGGUGAUUCCUUAUGGGAAUGCAAAAGCCCAUUUCAUAAGAACAAUCAGUUGUGGCAUCAAAAUCUACAAGACAUUGGAGUUUGUGAAGAUACAGUCUGUGAUGACGAUGACUUCCAUAUACCUGACAUUGAUCUCACUUUUAAAAACUUUGAAGAACUUUUCGGAGCUGAACCAGAUCCUAUUGCAGACAGUACCAACGUCUUAUUUGAGGUUUGA